GAAAGAGAAGAGAGAGAGAGAGAGAUCCGUCUCUUAUUGUAUAGAGAUAGUGUGCAGAUCUGAUAGAAAUGAAGAGAUAAAUAAAAGAAAUCAGGUGCGAGAGACGACGAUCCUAUCCCUUUUCAGCUUUGGAUACGGCAGGCAAACUCCUCCUUCUCUCUCUCUUCCAUCAACUCUAAGAAAAUGACGUUGUCUCAUACUGGAGGAGGUUCUGCCAUUGAUGCACACUCUCCGUGACAACAUAUUACUACUUCUAGCUAGUUCUACUUUCUCACGAUCAUUUGGCUCACCUCUGCUACUGCUUUCUGUUGCUCUAGAACCUUGUAGGAUUCGAUCGGAACGGUGAAGAAACCGAAUCACUGAUCUGGAGUGGAAAAUUAACAACGAUAACGAUUGCAAUUAUUGCGCAAGAAAAAGGAAACGACGACGAUGAAGGAGGCGGAGAAGAACUUGGAUCCUCGAUUAUGGCACGCCUGUGCGGGAGGAAUGGUUCAAGUUCCACCGGUGAACUCCAAGGUGUUUUACUUUCCACAGGGACACGCCGAGCAUACUCUCUCACCGGUUGAUUUUGGAGCGUUUUCUAGGAUUCCUUCGCUGAUUCCUUGCAGGAUUACUGCUAUCAAGUUCAUGGCAGAUUCUGAAACUGAUGAAGUUUAUGCAAAGAUACGUUUGAUUCCACUUAAUAACAACGAUCUACAUUGUGAUGACGAUGUGGUUACUGUAGGAAGCAAUAAUGAAUCUGAAUCCACUGAUAAACCGGCUUCUUUUGCUAAAACAUUGACUCAAUCGGAUGCAAACAAUGGAGGUGGAUUUUCAGUGCCUAGGUAUUGUGCGGAGACUAUCUUUCCUCAUUUGGAUUAUUCUACAGAUCCACCAGUUCAGACUAUUGUGGUGAAGGACGUUCAUGGUGUAAUUUGGAAAUUCCGUCACAUAUACAGAGGUACACCAAAGAGACAUUUGUUGACCACAGGCUGGAGCACUUUCGUGAACCAGAAGAAGCUGGUUGCUGGAGAUUCAAUUGUGUUCUUGAGGUCUGAUAAUGGAGAUUUAUGUGUUGGAAUCCGACGUGCAAAACGUAGACACCUUGGCUCCGGCGAGUCUCCUAUAGGGUGGAGUUCCGCCUCCGCCUCCUCAAAUUGUGUUUCGCAGUUAGCUGGAUUUUCUGUCUUUUUGAGGGAUGAUGAGAACAAGACUAUGAGAAAUGUUUGUAAGGGAAACCAGAGCUCUGGAUUUGGCUCUAAAAGAGGAGGAGGGGGAAGAGUGAGGGCUGAAUCAGUGGUGGAAGCUGCAUCCCUUGCUUCCAAUGGCCAUCCAUUUGAGGUAGUUUAUUAUCCUUGUGCAAACACACCUGAAUUCUGCGUCAAAGUUUCGUCUGUGAAAUCAUCAAUGAGAAUUCAGUGGUCCACUGGUAUGAGGUUUAAGAUGCCUUUUGAAACCGAGGAUUCUUCUCGCAUUAGCUGGUUCAUGGGUACCAUUGCUUCAGUUCAAGUGGUUGAUCCAAUCAACUGGCCUAAUUCCCCUUGGAGGAUUCUCCAGGUGACUUGGGAUGAGCCAGAUUUACUGCAGAACGUUAAGCGGGUCAGCCCUUGGCUGGUUGAGUUGGUUUCAAACAUGAUGCCACCGCCUCUCUUCAACAUUUCAACGCCCUUUUCACCACCACCAAGAAAGAAGUUAUGUUUCCCACAUUACUCCGAUUUUCCACCAUCAGAUGGCCAGUUAUCUGUGCCAGUGUUUUCCAGCAACCCCUUGCGGCCCAGCAGUAGUCUAUUUUGUCGUCGUCAAACCGACAUCAACAUUCCUGCAGGAGGCAUACAGGGAGCCAGGCAUGCUCAAUUUGGGAUACCCUUAAUGGAUCUCAAUCUCAAUCUAGCUAAUAAGCUUCGUUCAUCGUUUUUCCAAUCCAAUUUGCAUUCCCCGUCGUCAGAAUCUGAUCCGCACGGUAGAAUCUCUUGUGGAUCCAUUUCUGUCCAAAGCUUGUUAACAACAAAAACGGAUAAUUGCAAUGCUGCUAAGUCAGAUACCGAUAAUGUUACGAUCAGGAAGCCUCAGUUUAUCCUGUUUGGCCAACCAAUUUUGACUGAACAACAGAUUAUCCAUACACUAAAGGAGGAAAAGGCAGAAAAUUUUGAAUUCCAGUCGCUUGACAACAGUGGCCAUUGCAAAGUGUUUGUCGAGUCUUUUUCUUCUUCGUCGGAGGAGAAGGAUGAUGCAGUUUUAAUGCAGACUCUUGAUCUGUCGGUUCUCGGAUCUUAUCAAGAGCUGUACAAAAAGCUAUCCAAUAUGUUCGCCAUAGAAACAUCUUGCCGUGUUAUUUAUCAAGAUGCAACCGGUAUUGUUAGACCAACUGGAGCCGAGCCAUUCAGUGACUUCACAAAAUCGGCUAAGAAACUGAUAGUUCAGAUGGAUUCUUCUUCAGCCGCCAGCAGGAGGGAAAUGAAAUGGGUGACGGGUUUUGCAAAUUCUGAACAUGGACGGGACUCUAAGAAUCGGACAGGGCCUCAGACGAUAAUACUGGCAUAGGUCUUGACUAUGGAUCAUGAUGCUUACUUUUUAUGUAUUUUGUUAAGUGAACUUAAAACAGGUAUUUUUAUUAUGCUAAGGUAAAGUAAGGUAAGGUCUAAACUCCUAGUGAUUGGUGGUUUGGGACUCUGGUUGCUGUUGCUUUUGUAUUUUGUUAGAUGAUUUCUGUACAAUGCUGGAUUUUUAUUUUGGUAAUGAUCUAUAUCUGACUUUUAGUA